AUGCAACCAGCACUCACGUUCUUCUUCAUGCUGCUCUUCGUCCUUCUGUGUCUCCUGGGACUUGUGGCCAACGGUUUCAUUGUGCUGGCUCUGGGCAGAGAGCGGGUGUGCCGCGGGAGGCUGCUCCCCUCGGACCUGAUCCUCCUGUGUCUGGGCGCCAGCCGCUUCUGCCUGCAGUGGGUUGGCAUGGCCAACAGCUUCUACUACUUCCUGCACCUCAUGGAGUACAGACCCGCCCGCCAGUUCUUCGGGCUGCACUGGGACUUCUUGAACACGGCCACCUACUGGUUCGGCACCUGGCUCAGCGUCCUCUUCUGCCUGAAGGUUGCCAACGUCUCCCAUCCCGCCUUCCUCUGGCUGAAGUGGAGGUUUCUGGGGUCCGUCCCCUGGUUGCUGCUGGGCUCCCUCCUCGUCUCCUGCCUGGUCACCCUGCUGUUCUUUUGGGGGAACCGUAAAGUGCAUCAAGGAUUCCUCGCUAGGAGACUUUCUGACAACGUGACCUACGAGGAGUGGAGCAGGAGGCUGGAUCUAUCCUACUUCCUGCCCCUCAAGCUGGUCACCUUGUCCAUCCCCUGCUCCAUUUUCCUGCUGUCCAUCCUGCUGUUGAUUGGGUCGCUGAGGAACCACUCGGGCAGGAUGCAGCAUCACAUCCGCAGCCCGAGGGACCCCCGCGCCCAGGCGCACAGCCGGGCUCUGAAGUCACUCGUCUCCUUCCUCUUCCUCUAUGCUCUCUCCUUCCUGUCCCUGAUCAUCGACAUCCUGGGGUUCUUCUCUGCGGAGAGUGACUGGUACUGGCCCUGGCAAAAUGUGAUCUACCUGUGCACAUCUGUCCACCCCUUGGUCCUCAUCCUCAGCAAUCCCCGGCUGCAAGGGGUGUGUAGGCACCUCGUUCUGUGGGUCAGGGGCCUCCAGGAGUCCUAG